CACAGACACACAAAUCUAACAAGCCUUCCUUUUGAUUAUUGCUGUAGAGCUCAGGGUGGGGGAAAGUGCUGGUGUUUUUUCCACUGUGAAGGGAAGCAAAGAAAGACGGACCUGAUAUGUGCAAAGAGUAAGGAAGGAGAGUAAGGAAGGAGAGAGGAGUAUAAUCCAGCGGGAGGCUUUUGCCGCUGUUAGCAAUCGCCCCAUCAGCUGGGAAAAGCAAUUUUUGCACCGGCUAACUUUUUAAAAAAUCCAUCAAUCUGGAGAGCAAAGUGCCUGACCACGGAAAGCACCUUUGCUUUCUAGCCCUGGAGGUGUCAACUGGAGAGGCUGAGAGGGCGCUGCCACGAGCCAGGAACGACCCGCCUGCAGCCAUGGAAAGCGGAAUGCAGCUCCUAAACCGGGAUGGGCACAGCAUCUCCCACAACUCGAAACGGCACUACCACGACGCCUUCGUCUGCAUGAACCGCAUGCGGCAGCGAUCCUUGCUCUGCGACAUUGUGCUGCAUGUGGCCACCAAGGAGAUCAAGGCCCACAAAGUGGUGCUGGCUUCCUGCAGCCCUUACUUCCACGCCAUGUUCACAAAUGAGAUGAGUGAAAGCCGACAGACCCACAUAACACUCCAUGAUAUCGACCCGCAGGCGCUGGAGCAGCUGGUUCAAUAUGCCUACACGGCUGAGAUUGUGGUGGGAGAAGGGAACGUACAGACACUGCUUCCUGCCGCCAGCCUCCUCCAGCUGAAUGGGGUGCGGGAUGCUUGCUGCAAGUUCCUGUUGAGCCAGCUGGACCCCUCCAACUGCCUGGGCAUCCGGGGCUUCGCAGACACGCACUCCUGUAGUGACCUGUUGAAGUCGGCCCACAAAUAUGUCCUGCAGCACUUUGUGGAUGUCUCCAAGACAGAAGAGUUCAUGCUUCUGCCUCUCAAGCAGGUGCUAGAUCUCAUCUCCAGUGACAGCCUCAAUGUGCCCUCAGAGGAGGAAGUCUAUCGAGCUGUCUUGAGCUGGGUGAAGCAUGAUGUGGACAGUCGAAGGCAGCAUAUUCCUAGACUCAUGAAGUGUGUCCGGCUCCCCCUCCUAAGCCGUGACUUCUUGAUGAGCAACGUCGACACAGAGCUGCUUGUGCGGCACCAGUCAGAAUGCAAGGACCUUCUCAUCGAAGCCCUCAAGUACCAUCUCAUGCCUGAGCAGAGAGGCGUCCUUAGUAACAGCCGAACGCGUCCCCGGCGUUGUGAGGGGGCCAGCACUGUGCUCUUUGCCGUUGGUGGCGGCAGCCUCUUUGCCAUCCAUGGUGACUGUGAGGCCUACGACACCAGGACAGACCGCUGGCACAUGGUGGCUUCGAUGUCCACUCGCCGGGCCAGGGUGGGCGUUGCUGCCAUUGGGAACAAGCUGUAUGCCGUGGGCGGCUACGAUGGGACCUCUGACUUGGCCACAGUGGAGUCUUACGAUCCCGUCACCAACUCGUGGCAGACGGAGGUUUCCAUGGGGACCAGGCGGAGCUGUUUAGGGGUGGCAGCACUGCAUGGACUUCUCUAUGCUGCUGGAGGGUAUGACGGAGCCUCGUGCCUCAACAGUGCUGAAAGAUAUGACCCCCUAACAGGCACCUGGACAUCCAUCGCAGCCAUGAGCACCAGAAGGAGAUACGUCCGCGUGGCAACUCUUGAUGGCAACCUCUAUGCUGUUGGGGGAUAUGAUAGUUCAUCACACCUGGCAACUGUGGAAAAAUAUGAGCCACAGAUCAAUACAUGGACUCCGAUUGCCAACAUGCUGAGCCGCCGCAGCAGUGCCGGCGUGGCUGUUUUGGAAGGGAUGCUGUACGUGGCAGGAGGCAAUGACGGGACAAGUUGCCUUAACUCGGUGGAGCGCUACAAUCCAAAAACGAACACUUGGGAAAGUGUGGCACCCAUGAACAUCCGGAGGAGCACCCAUGACUUGGUGGCUAUGGACGGGUGGCUAUAUGCAGUGGGAGGCAACGAUGGCAGCUCCAGCCUCAACUCCAUCGAGAAGUACAACCCACGCACCAACAAGUGGGUGGCGGCUUCGUGCAUGUUCACCCGCCGCAGCAGCGUGGGCGUGGCUGUGCUGGAACUCCUCAACUUCCCGCCCCCUUCCUCCCCUACCCUAUCAGUGUCCUCGACGAGUCUUUGACAAAGAGUCCGGUCGCACCUUGCCUCGAGGGGACUGCAGCAUCUGUCGGAGUGCAAAGCCGGCCUGGCCUGACCCCUGCGGCAGCCAUUCUUUGUGAAGAAAGAGAGUGAUGAAGGCGUUGAUGCUGCGUCCAUACAUUUUUAGUAAUAACUUUCUGAGGGGGCCAUUUCUGGUUCUUGUGGUAGAGCUCCAAAUGGGGAUUUAGACCACACUUCUUUAAGAAAGAAAAGAGAAAGAAAGAAACACCAAGAGCCCCUCCUGGUUUUCACCAUCUCUUUCAUCAUCACCUGACUGGUUCUGCCUGGUCCUGUCAAGACCGGACUCAAUAAUCUCCUACUUCCAUGUUUGGACAUGACUUCUGGUUCCACCUCCUGCAAUGGAGCUUAAACAACGAGAAGAAAGGAAAGAA